AUGAACCCAAAAAUGUCAAUGGUAUUACCGUUGCCUUAAUUAAAACUUGAAAAUAAUGAUGAAUACGAGAAUAGAAUCACUCUAAGAUUAUACAUAGAGAAGCUGUUAAAUUAAAAAGUUGGGAGGUAUGAUUGAUGUAAAAUAGAUAUCUCGAGAUAAUAUCAGGUAUUGCAAGUUUGGCUAGUGUAGGAAUAUAUAUAGUUUCAACUUAUUUUGAUUCAGUUGAGUGGUUAGCUACUUUGGAUAUUGUGGUUUGUUCUUUAUAUUUGACAGAGUAUUUAUUGAAAUUAUUUGCUGCUUAACAUAGAUUGUAAUAUAUAUUUUCUGACUUUGCUAUUAUUGAGUUGCUGACUCUAUUUCCUCUUUUUACAAUUUAAUCAGUAGGAAAUUGGAAUUAUUUGUAACGACUUAUUAACAUAUCUCGAAUUUUAAGAGUAUUUCGAGUAAUAAGAAUGAUCAACAAAUUGUAAUAAUUAUCAGACAUUGAAUAUGGUGGAGUGACUAGAUAAAUAUAUGUAAUAUUUUCAACUGUUACAACAAUUAUUAUUGUAACUGCUGGAGUAUUAUAUGCAUUUGAAUUUCCUAAGAGACAAGAAUUAAUAGAGAAUGAUCCAAAUAAAGGAUGUUCUAAUCAGAUUGAUAAAUGCCAUUUCCAUGAAAUGAUAUACUUCACUAUAGUUACAUUAUCUACAGUAGGUUAUGGAGAUGUAAUACCAUAUAGUGAAGAAGGACGAGUAUGUGUUAUUGUACUAAUUAUUAUUGUACUUGUUGUGAUACCUAAACAGAUGAAUGAAUUGAUUAGAUUAAUGGGAUUAUAAAGUGUUUAUGCUAGAUCAUUCUAUAAACCUAAUCAUGAGAUUCCACAUAUCAUUAUUUGUAGUUAUGUUAGUGUACCUUCUUUAAAGAAUUUCUGUAAUGAAUUAUUCCAUUAAGAUCAUGGAGGAUAAGAUAAAAAUGCAAUCAUUUUGAAACCUUCUAUACCAAAUACAGAAAUGGAAGACUUUUUACAUAAUGAGCGUUAUGAAAUGUUCCUCAUUUAUCUUCAAGGAAAUCCAAUGGUAGAAAGAGAUCUAAGAAGAGCUGCUGUUACUUAAGCUAAAGCUUGUGUUAUUUUAACUAAUAAAUAAAUAGUAGAUAGUCAUUCUGCUGAUCAUAAGAAUAUUCUUAUUGGAUUAUUAAUAAAGAAAUAUGUGAAUCAUUUAACUGGUUGUAAUAUUAGAUUAUGUAUGUAAUUGAUUAAACCAGAAAGUAAGAUGCAUUAUAAAUAAUCAUUGGGAGUUAAAAUGAUAACUGAUUAAAUUAUUGUUGUUGAAGAAUUUAAAAUGAAUUUGCUGGCCAAAUCUUGCUUUUGUCCUGGCAUUAUAAGUUUAUUAGGUAAUUUAGUCACUUCAGCAGGUGAACAAAAAGAAAGUUUAGAUUCUGAAUGGCUUACUCAAUACACUGAUGGAAUGGGUCAUGAAAUUUAUAGAACUGAUUUGAGUUUUAAAUUUCAAGGAAAAACAUUUAGUGAAGUAGCAGCUAUUGUUUAUAAUGAAUUCUCUGGAAUACUAUUUGGUUUGGAAUUAGAUUUUGGUAAACAAGCCAUAAUUAGACUUAAUCCUGGUGUUUAUACCAUAUCAAAUACAAAUAAAGUUCAUGCUUAUAUCAUUUGUCAAGAUAAAAAAGUUGCAGAUCUUGUUGCCACUUAUGACAUGACUACUGAAGAAAUAGCCAAUUAUCACUUCUCAUUGUAAUCAAAUAUCACUGACAAAGACAAACCUAAUGAAGAAGAAGAAGAUAAAGCUGAAGAUCCUUUAUUAUCUGGAAAAGAUUAAUUAGAUGAAUAAGAUAUCAUAGAAAAAGAUUAUCUCUUUCUUAAUGAACCUGUUUCUUUAAUGGAUGCUACUUCAAUAUUCUUAUUGGAAUAACCAGAGAUUAAUAAUCAUAUUGUUGUUUGUGGUAUCCAUCCUUCUAUCUAUUAUUUUUUGCUUCCUUUAAGAGCCAAAUAUUUGAAAGAAAUUCAGUAUGUUGUCAUUUUAGCACCAGAAAAACCAACUGAAAUUUGGGAAUAAAUUAAUCGAUUUCCAAAAGUCAAAUUUGUUUAAGGAUCUCCACUUAUUUCUGAAGAUUUAUAAAGAGCCAGUAUUCAUUGUGCAGAUAAGGCUGUAAUAUUUGCAUAAAGUUCUGAUGCCAACAAAACUGAAAGUGAAGAUUUCUUAGAUUAAAUGCAUGAUGCAGAGAGCAUUUUUAUUUACAAAGCUAUUAAAAAAAUUAAUCCUUCUAUUUAGAUCAUGAUUGAAUUAGUCUCAAGUUCCAAUAUAUAAUUUUUACUUGACAAAGAUUAUAAAUUUCAAAAUGAUUUCAAAUAUGAAUUGGUAAGUAUUAUGUUAAUUAGACUCCUCUAUAAGCAUCAGGAGAAGUCUACAUUUCUGCCAUGAUUGACACUCUCACAUGCCAAGCCUAUUACAAUCCACAUAUUGUUACCAUAUUGUAAUAAAUUCUAACUGGUAUGAGAUAAUCAAACCCUGUGAUCAAAGCUAUUUGUGAAGAUUUAGAUAUCAAAGAUUCAAAUCUAUAUCAAGUUCCAGUACCUGAAGAUUAUCUAGUAAUUUAUAUUUUCAUUUAGAAUAAAACUUUUGGAGAAUUGUUUAAUUAUUUGUCUAUUGAAAGACAUUUGAUUCCUUUAGGUCUUUAUAGGUUAGCUAAGGCUGUCGAUAAUAAGCAUCCAUAUGUUUAUACGAAUCCUCCAGCUGAAACUACUCUCACUCCUAGGGAUAAGGUCUUUGUUUUAGCUCAUUAAUUACCUGCAGAUUUGAGUGGUAUACCAUUUGAUGCUAAUUCUGAUCCAAAACAAUUAAACACCAAAGAAGUGGAAAAUAAUAAGGCCUUGAACUUUCUUCUAGAAAAGCUGAAACAAUAAACUUCAUCUUAAAAUGGUGUUAAUAGGGUAGGUGGGUAUUUAUAUUAUUAAACAAUUAGCCAAAUAAAAGAUUGAUAAGACAGUCAUUUUUUAAGGUUAAUAAAUUAAAUAGACAAGAAAUAUAGAAACAGAAAACAUGAAUCUAAGUAUUGAAUUAUAUAAAAUAUUAAGAUUUGGCAGCUCUACAUGUAUUAGAUUAAGUGAAUGAAUAAAUUUCUAUAGUUAAAGAUUAAAUCAAUGAUAUUAAAAAUAGCUUGAUCUAAAAGGAAGAUGAGAUAGUAGAAAAGUGCAGAAGAGCAAUUAGGUAUGAAUUAGGAACAGUGAUUUAAUAAUAGUGA